AUGGAAGAGGAGACACAGCCAGUAGCCAAAGAUGAGGUUUCCUCAUUGCUUCUAAUAACUUUUUCCUCUUACCAAUUUACAGGCAACUUCCCUAUUGGUGAGAUAUGCGAAUACAAGAUCAACAAAGAUGACCGAAGUGCCAUUAACCGCAUGAACUCAGAUGAGAAGAAGGCCCUUGAGACCUCCUUUGAAGAGAUGUACCGUGAGAUCCGCAUUGGUGCCGAAGUCCAUCGCACGACUCGCAAGUACUUCAAGGAAAAUGUGAAGCCGGGAAUGUCCAUGAUAGAGAUCUGCCACAUGAUUGAGGAGACCAACCGGAAACUCAUCAAAGAGAAUGGGCUGAAGGCUGGCUUGGCCUUCCCUACUGGCUGCUCCAUCAACCACUGUGCGGCUCACUACACCCCCAACUCAGGCGACAAGACAGUCCUCAACUAUGAUGACGUGUGCAAGAUAGAUUAUGGAAUCCAUAUCAAUGGUCGUGUGAUUGACUGUGCUUUCACGCUAACCUUCAACGAUAGAUACAACAACCUUGUGGAGGCUGUGCGUGCAGCAACCAACACUGGCAUCAGGGAAGCUGGCAUUGACGCUAGGCUCUGUGACAUUGGUGCUGCCAUUCAGGAGACGAUGGAGAGCUAUGAGAUUGAGCUGAAUGGCAAGACAUAUCCAAUCAAAUGCAUUCGCAAUCUCAAUGGCCAUUCGAUAGCACCUUACAGGAUCCAUGCUGGAAAGACGGUCCCAAUUGUCAAAGGAGGAGAAGCAGAAAUCAUGGAGGAGAACGAAGUGUAUGCGAUUGAAACCUUUGGUUCCACUGGUCGUGGUUUAGUGCAUGAUGACAUGGAAACCUCACAUUACAUGAAGAACUACGAUGUGGACGUUCCUCUCAGGCUGGCCAAGUCCAAACACCUGCUUAAUGUAAUUAAUCAGAAUUUCGGCACUUUGGCCUUCUGCCGCCGUUGGCUGGAUCGCCUUGGAGAAAGCAAGUACCUGAUGGCUCUCAAGGAUCUCUGUGAGAAGGGGAUUAUUGACCCAUACCCUCCACUCUGUGAUGUGAAGGGCUGUUACACAGCUCAGUUUGAGCACACGAUAGUCCUUGGGCCCCCUGCAAAGGGGGUUGUAACUCGUGGAGAUGUUUUACUAACUCUCAUCUGA